AAUGCUGACUAUUCUACGGUGGACUGUGGAGCUACGGUACGGUUGUAGAAGCUCUGUGGAAUUGGAAGACAUUUCCUUUGAUUCAUCGAAGCUUAUCCUACCAUCAGGUGAUCAAGGCUAUAAAUCAUUAAACAAGGUUGUGAACAGAGAACGUUCGUUGGACACCUUGUUUCAUGACCAACUUAGUAAGUUAUUAUAAGUUCCAGGUUCCAGGAGGAAGGAAGGAAGAAAAAACCGGGCCUGGGAUGCUGGCAUCUCACCACUCACCGCCCGGUAAGUCUCUACAAUAAUCUAGCUACUAGCUAGCUAGCUAUUAAUAGUAGUCAUCAGUGGCCAUACGGCCGUACACUCUACAUCAUGAGUAUUUGCCUUCGCACUUCGGUUGUCUUCGCUGAUCUACCAGGUAGCAGGUAGCUACUCUGAAGAGCUCUCUGGAGCUCUGGAGUACACCUUGUAGUAGCUGGCUACUAUUAAUAGUAGGCCUCCUCCAAUCCGCCGCCCCUAAAAGAACUGCCUGAGCUACUGCCUGUCACUCAGCCGAAUGCCAACAGCCACGUAGGGGCUCCUUGCUGGCUGGACUGCUACUAUCAGGCCUACUCGCCACUUUAGCUUGUUUGAUUUGGUCAAGCCUACUGUCCAGGAGAACGACACGUCUUUGCUUGAGUGGCUCAGCGGCUCCAGCCACACAAGCGGAUUGAUCAUCGCGAGUAUCAUCGGCAGGUUAGCCCCUACAUAAUGUCCUCGAUUGCUUGGCAGAAAACCCCACUGAAACAUAGUCUACAUGUAUGUGCUGCUGCGAGCAAGGGCUGGUGGAUCGCUCAUUCUGAGCGUGGGUUUCUUUCACUGUGUGUUCACCGGCAACUGGGUGGAAUGGAGCCUGGAAAUCAUGUCACUUGGAAGGUAACUGGUUCUAUGCCUUCGCUCCCUUCUUUUUGCUUGAUCAGCAGCAGUGGAGAAAAACAGUGCGAAAGAUGAGAGCAUCGCAGCAGUACCGCCAAUGCAGCACAACUAACUAACUGUGUCCUCACUAGCUAGCUAGUUGAUGGCUGUGCUGGCGGCCUAAGCAGCAGUGACCGAGCAGUUCUCUUGCAGCUCUAUCCAGAGGCAAGUGUUGUCUCUAUUUGGGAUGUAGUAUAAUAUGCAUGCUGUGCGAUAUCAGCAUCCAAGAAGGCGAGCUGCCCCUGGCCAAAACCAACAGCCUGACGCGACGCCGACGGCUAGUACCAGUACCGUAGCGUUAAGGAUAAAUGUUAGUGAAUGACUGUGGAUUUAGUCACGCGUUACGCAUAUUAGAGAGCAGGAUAAUCCAAACGUUAGCGCCCCUUCUCCUCCGAAAGGCUUCUUGAAGCCGUGAAAUUCUGCCGCUUUGCGCUUCUCUUCCAUUUCCAUUUGAAGUCGGUGUUACCGAAGCAAUCUCCUGUCUGUCUCUUUGGUUUACUUGCUUCCUCCCAAGCCAUCAUAUCAUAACCUGACCAUGCCCCGCACCAGUAAAACUGCCGCUGGACGUCGAGCGUUCAUUUCGAACAACACGUACAUCAACACGAAUAAUACUACUGUAGUGUCCACCGAGAGCAGCACCACCCCCACCGAUGACACGAUCAAGUCCUCCUCCAGCUCUUCGAAGCAACCGAAAUCGGUCUUGGACAAGAUUGUGUAUGCGAUUCGUCAACAACCUGGGACGUCCAAGGGCGUGUCUCGCACGGCCAUUGCCAAAUACCUCAAAGCGGAGAUGGAGUACGAAAAUCCGAAUGCCAUCAAGACGGCGUUGAAGAAGGGUGUCGACAAGGGCGUGCUGGAGCAAAAUGGCCAAUCCUUUCGCGUGUCGGGGGAUCCCGUGGUGGAGGUGGACGAGGGUCCUCCAUUGGAAAUUAUUGAUGUGGGUAGUAAUGCUGACCAAAACGACGAAGACAAUGGCGAGAGUAUGACGGCGCAGAUUGGAGAUUCCGUCACGAUGAAAUAUGUUGGAAAAUUGGACGAUGGCUACUGUUUUGACAGGGGGUCAUUGACGUUUACGCUGGGAGCGGGUGAUGUCAUCAAAGGAUGGGACCAAGGAGUGCCUGGAAUGAAAUUGCGAAGCAAGCGAAAACUGAUCGUCCCAAGUCGACUGGGAUAUGGCAAGCGAGGCUGUGCCCCGGAUAUUCCUGGGAAUGCGACGCUCCAUUUUCAAGUCACGCUCACCGAUAUUAAUCGACCCAACUAGAACAACAACAACCAACAAAUGAACAACAACAACAAAACAACAACAACGCACUGUGGAUUGACGUGCCACACUGCACGCAAUUGUUGCCGCAACUUGUCAAAACAAAAAGGCGCUGUUUCACCAGUCGCCGCCCAGGGGUCCAUUCAAUC